AUGGCCAAGUCUGGUAUUAUUCGAGACAUCAUUGUCACUCCAGUGGCGUUUCACGACAUGCCACUGUUGAAUAGCGUGGGCGUACAUGAGCCAUUCGCACUUCGCAGUAUUUUACAAUUGGUCACGGAAACAGAUGUGUACGGCCUUGGGGAAUCUUAUGGGGAUGAUGCGCACCUAGAUCGUCUCAAACGGGCGGCUGACGCCAUCAUAAGUUUGAAGACUUCGGCCUAUGAUCUCAACGGUAUAUAUAAAGCCUGUGUUGGUUCUCUUCACAGCACCGACACCUCGGGCGGUGAUGGCAUGGCGGGUAUGGUUACGACUGCCUCAACAACCGACAAGGUCUUUAGUCCCUUUGAGGUCGCUUGUCUCGACAUUCAGGGAAAACUAUCAGGAGUUCCAGUGAGUGACCUCCUCGGAGGCUGCGUGAGGGACUCUGUACCCUACUCGGCAUAUCUGUUUUACAAGUGGGCCGGUCAUCCUGGUGAGCCAGACGACGAGUUUGGAGAGGCUCUGGAUCCCGAGGGCUUAGUCAAUCAAGCUAGGAAGAUGUUAGAUGAGUACGGGUUCACCGCAAUCAAGCUCAAAGGAGGCGUAUUCGAACCCGCUCAGGAAGUUGCUGCCAUCAAGGCGCUACACGCAGCAUUUCCUGGUCUUCCCCUCCGUCUAGACCCAAAUGCUGCUUGGACAGUAGAGACCUCCAAAUGGGUAGCGAAAGAGCUGGUUGGAAUUGUCGAAUAUCUCGAGGAUCCGACGGGUGAGAUUGAGGGCAUGGCUGCCGUUGCAAACAGUGAUGAGACGACAAUGCCUCUCGCCACCAAUAUGGCCGUGGUCGCAUUCAACCAUCUGCCGCCAUCAGUUGAACAAAAUGCAGUCCAGGUUGUUCUCUCUGAUCACCAUUUCUGGGGCGGCCUGCGCAAAUCGCAACUGCUCGCCGGCAUUUGUGGUACCUGGGGCAUGCGCCUUAGCAUGCACUCGAACAGUCAUCUCGGUAUCUCACUCGCUGCCAUGACGCAUCUGGCGGCUGCAACGACGAAUCUUGAUUACGCCUGCGACACGCAUUGGCCAUGGAAACGACGGGAUGAAGAUGUAGUCGUCGACGGCGCCCUGAACUGGGUGGCUGGUGGAGCAGUGCUGGUACCAAAGACGCCCGGCCUUGGUGUUGAACUUGACAAGAGCAAGCUUGCAAAACUUCACAAACAGUAUCUUGACUGCGGCUUGAGGAAAAGAAACGACACAAUCUACAUGCAAAAGUUCCAGCCAGACUUUACAGCAGCAAUUCCAAAAUGGUGA